GCCUCGCGGUGCCUAGGCUGGGGCGGGCAGCGGUGACGCUCAGUCGCGCGGAGCCGGGCCGGGAGCUUGAGCGGCGGCGGCGGCAGGAUGAACAGCAUCAAGAGCGUGCCGGCGCGGGUGCUGAGCCGCAGGCCGGGCCAUAGCCUGGAGGCCGAGCGCGAGCAGUUCGACAAGACCCAGGCCAUCAGCAUCAGCAAAGCCAUCAACACCCAGGAGGCCCCCGUGAAGGAGAAGCAUGCCCGGCGCAUCAUUCUGGGCACUCACCAUGAGAAGGGGGCCUUCACCUUCUGGUCCUACGCCAUCGGUCUGCCGCUCCCCAGUAGCUCCAUCCUCAGCUGGAAGUUCUGCCACGUCCUCCACAAGGUGCUCCGAGACGGACACCCGAAUGUGCUGCAAGACUGCCAGCGCCAUCGGAGCAACAUUCGGGAGAUCGGCGAUCUGUGGGGACAUUUGCAUGACCGCUACGGGCAGCUGGUAAAUGUUUACACUAAACUCCUGCUGACCAAGAUCUCCUUCCACCUCAAGCACCCCCAGUUUCCCGCGGGCCUGGAGGUGACAGACGAGGUGCUGGAGAAGACAGCUGGGACUGACGUUAACAACAUCUUCCAGCUCACCGUGGAGAUGUUUGACUAUAUGGACUGCGAGCUACGGCUUUCUGAAUCAGUGUUCCGGCAGCUCAACACGGCCAUUGCUGUGUCCCAGAUGUCCUCGGGCCAGUGCCGCCUGGCACCCCUCAUCCAGGUCAUCCAGGACUGCAGCCACCUCUACCACUACACUGUGAAGCUCAUGUUCAAGCUGCAUGCCUGUCUCCCAGCUGACACCCUGCAAGGCCACAGGGACCGGUUCCACGAGCAGUUUCACAGCCUCAGAAACUUCUUCCGCAGAGCCUCGGACAUGCUCUACUUCAAGCGGCUCAUCCAGAUCCCGCGGCUGCCCGAGGGACCGCCCAACUUCCUGCGGGCCUCGGCCCUGGCUGAGCACAUCAAGCCGGUGGUGGUGAUCCCCGAGGAGGCCCCCGAGGACGAGGAGCCAGAGAAUCUCAUCGAGAUCAGCACGGGGCCCCCGGCUGGGGAGCCUGCGGUGGUGGCUGACCUCUUUGACCAGACAUUUGGACCCCCUAAUGGCUCCUUGAAGGACGAUCGGGACGUGCAGAUCGAGAGCCUGAAGAGGGAGGUGGAGAUGCUCCGUGGGGAGCUGGAGAAGAUCAAGCUGGAGGCCCAGCGCUACGUCUCGCAGCUGAAGGGCCAGGUGAACGCGCUGGAGGCCGAGCUGGAGGAGCAGCGGAAGCAGAAGCAGAAGGCGCUGGUGGACAACGAGCAGCUCCGCCACGAGCUGGCCCAGCUGCUGGCCGCCCAGCGCGAAGGCGAGCGCAACCAGGGCCUGCGCGAGGAGGCCGAGAAGAAAGCCAGCACCAUCGAGGCGCGCUACCACAAGCUCAAGGAGAAGCACAGCGAGCUCAUCGGCACGCACGCCGAGCUGCUCCGGAAGAACGCAGACACGGCCAAGCAGCUGACGGUGACGCAGCAGAGCCAGGAGGAGGUGGCGCGGGUGAAGGAGCAGCUGGCUUUCCAGAUGGAGCAAGUGAAACGGGAGUCCGAGAUGAAGCUGGAGGAGCAGAGUGACCUGCUGGAGAAGCUCAAGGAGGAGCUGGAGGCCAAGGCCAGAGAGCUGGUGCGCGCGCAGGAGGUGCUGACCCGCACGGAGCAGAGCGGGUCGGAGCUGAGCUCGAGGCUGGACGCGCUGAGCGCGGAGAAGGCGGCGCUGAGCAGCACCGUGCGGCAGCGGGACGCGGACCUGCAGGCGGCCCAGGGCCUGGUGCGCGAGAAGGAGGCGGCGCUGAGCCGGGAGCAGCAGCGCAGCGCGCAGGAGACGGCUCAGCUGCGGGGACAGCUGGCGGACAAGGAAAGUCAGGAGCAGGAGCUGCAGCGGAGGCUCCUGGACCAGCAGUUCGCGGUGCUGCGGGGCACCGCAGCCGAGGCCGAGCGGAUCCUGCAGGACGCCGUGGCCAAGCUGGACGACCCUCUGCACCUGCGCUGCACCAGCUCGCCAGACUACCUGGUGAGCAGGGCCCAGGCCGCCUUGGACGCCGUGAGCGCCCUAGAGAAGGGCCAUGCCCAGUACCUGGUCUCCAGGUCAGACGCCUCUGUGCUGGUGGCAGCCCUGACCCAGUUCUCCUACCUGGCUGCGGACACCAUUGUCAACGGCAGUGCCACCUCCCACCUGGCCCCUACUGACCCUGCAGACCGCCUGGUAGACAUGUGCAGGGAGUGCGGGGCUCGCGCUCUGGAGCUCCUGGGGCAGCUGCAGGAGCAGCAGACUUUACACCAGGCCCAGCCGAGCCUGGUGGGACACCCCCUGCAGGGCAUCCUGCAGCUGGGCCAGGAGCUGAAGCCCAAGAGCCUGGAUGUGCGUCAGGAGGAGCUUGGGGCCAUGGUGGACAAGGAGAUGGCGGCCACGUCCACGGCCAUCGAAGAUGCUGUGUGGAGGAUUGAGGACAUGAUGAACCAGGCCCGCCACGCCAGCUCCGGGGUGAAGCUGGAGGUGAAUGAAAGGAUCCUCAAUUCCUGCACAGACCUGAUGAAGGCCAUCCGGCUCUUGGUGACAACAUCCACCAGCCUGCAGAAGGAAAUUGUGGAGAGCGGCCGGGGGGCAGCCACGCAGCAGGAGUUUUAUGCCAAGAACUCUAGGUGGACAGAAGGCCUCAUCUCCGCCUCCAAGGCCGUGGGCUGGGGAGCCACGCAGCUGGUGGAGUCGGCGGACAGGGUGGUGCUCCACACGGGCAAGUACGAAGAGCUCAUCGUCUGCUCCCACGAGAUCGCGGCCAGCACGGCCCAGCUCGUGGCAGCUUCCAAGGUGAAGGCAGACAAGCACAGCCCCCACCUGAGCCGCCUCCAGGAGUGCUCCCGCGCGGUCAACGAGACGGCCGCCAACGUGGUGGCCUCCAGCAAGUCUGGCCAGGAGCAGAUCGAAGAGAGAGACACCAUGGACUUCUCUGGCCUGUCCCUCAUCAAGCUUAAGAAGCAGGAAAUGGAGUCCCAGGUCCGCGUCCUGGAGCUGGAGAAGACACUGGAGGCCGAGCGUGUGCGGCUGGGGGAGCUGCGGAAGCAGCACUACGUGCUGGCUGGUGCCGUGGGGACGCCCAGCGACGAGGAUCCCGGCCGACCCAGUGCUGCCCCCCGCAGCGGGGCCUCCAAGAAGCCACCCCUGGCCCAGAAGCCCAGCGUGGCCCCCCGGCAGGACCACCAGCUCGACAAAAAGGACGGCGUCUACCCGGCUCAGCUCGUAAACUACUAGGCUCCCGAAGGAUCCCGGUGGGGAGGCUAGCGGGCAGGCCUGGGCCUUGUGUGGCCGCCCCGAAUUGGCUCAGGAGCCUCCAAGGGGUGCAGCCCCCUGCCCCAUGGCCAAGAUCAGUGUCCCCGAGGCCCCCAGCCCCGGCUGAACCCACAGGAUCAGAGAUCGCGGCAGUUCUCCGGGACGUGAGUCUUCCUGCAGCGGGCACUCGUGGGACCAGCCGGAACCGAGCAGGCCUGAGCCACGGGCCUUCAGGAAAUACAUGGAAUAUUUGUAAUUUU